AUGAGUCUCUAUACCGAGGUCAACGACAUGAUGAUAGUCACGGCCGAUUGCAAUGGUCAGGACUCAUUCCUUCCCGAGGGCCAGCUUCGCCUUCUUGUAAAGAACCAGCGCUUUGCCGAGUUCCUGGGGCCUAAUGCUCCACGAGCCCUGAUCGACUUCGUGCACGACAAGGCUCCAAGGGUUUUCUUGACCAUCUGGUCGACAUUCGAGGAGCCCGGGGUUUCGGACUUACUCCCCAUCAUGGAGAGACUCCAGCAAUGCAGUUUCACCGAUGAUAUGCUCCCCUUCGACAAGACUGACUACAAGUUGAAAUGUCGGGUCAGGGGCACCGCCAAGCAAUGUUCCCAUCCUGGACCGCUGGAUGUAUUUCACGACACAGUAUGGAAUGAGCGCAAGCUCAAAAACUUCUGCACGGAACAGUGGGGGUUCGUUGUCCCCGUCUUCAAGAAGGGUGAGGCUAAACGAAGACUACCUGCCGGCAUCAGGCUGCCCUUCUUGCACUUCAAAGACGGGGGACGGGGUGCCUUCUCCGACGUGUUCAAGGCUGGGCUUCAUGUCGAUCAUCAGAAAUCUUUCGGGUUUGAACUCCCACCUGACGACAUCGUCGUCCCCGUUGCCGUGAAGAAGUUCAGAAACGACCCAGAGGCGAAAGUGAAUGCCCGAAACGCCUGGGAAGAGGAAGCGACAACAGUCGACAAGCUCGGAUCGAUCAGCCACAAGCACUUGAUCCAACGUAUGGCUGCCUUUAGCCGGGGCCACGAGUACUACAUCAUGUUUGAAUGGGCCGACGGGGGCAACCUCGAACAGCUCUGGUUAUCUGAGCCAACCGCCAAAGACCACAAGCUGACUGGCGACCGCAUCAUCACCGUCCUGGAGCAGCUGUACGGUCUGACAGAUGCGCUUUGCCAGCUACACGGCACCAACACUCGCACAAGCACAGGUCUCAUCCAGCAGGCGGGAGCCCGCGCCAGAACACUCGCCCCUCCUGUCAGGAACGGCAUACCCGCCAUCGAGGUCGACGGUCUAGACGCUUCCGAGAGCCCUCCGGUCACUGAGAACUGGCGCCAUGGCGACUUGAAGCCUCAGAACAUCCUCAAGGUCGGCAACUCGACCUGGCUCGGAACCCUCAAGAUCGCGGACCUCGGACUGGCGAAGCAGCACCAGCUCUUCACCCAUCUCAGGGACAACCCGACCAACACCAAGUUUACAACGCAGCACUACGAGGCUCCCGAAGCGUGGUGGCACGGCGAGAGUCGGCGAUGUCUUCUCACACUGGAUGAAGCACAUCCUGGACAACGACCCCGAAUGCAACAAGGCCAUCCCGACGGUGCUUGGAGACCUCCUCAGGCUGGUGAAGACCAGACUCAUGGUGGUUGA